GUGCUCUUCGAGGCAUUGUGUGGUCACCCAACGGCCAGCAACUUAUCUCUGCAUACAGCAAAACAAUCAAGUUUUGGGACUCGUCAAAUGGGACCCAGAUCAGCUCAACCUUGUACCGGUCACUUUGACGAUAUCAACUCAUUUGCCAUCUCUUCUGAUGGCUUCUUCAUUGCCACUGCCUCGCGAGAUAAGACUGUACGCCUGUGGUGCACAAUGUCCCACAAGCGGAUAGGACAGUUACUCACACACACCGCAGAUGUUCGGUGUGUCGCAAUUUCUUCCAGUGGAGAACAGCUCGCCAGUGGAGACUGGAAUGGGAAUCUUCAGCUCUGGUCCAUCGAGAACAUACUUUUCGCAGCAUUCGGGAUGGAUUCCUCAUAUGACUUCUACUUUGUACACCGCAGUAAGGUGAAAUUGGGCCAAAAUCUCUAUGAGGGGGCUUCUUUGAACGCGGACAAGGUCAUUGAACUCAACCCUUCGUCUCAUAUUGGAUACGAAUUGAAGUAUGAAGCGCUUCGUGGAGCACAGCGCUAUGAUGAUGCAUUUGAGGCUUUCACAGUCAUGCUCUCCAAGUUGGAUGACGCACCCGAUCCAGGGAUACGACAGCUACGCCAACAAUACGUCAGUCCAUCUGAAGUAGAAGAUGCCUUUCAACGAGCCAUUCACGCCCAACUGGAAAACGCUCCACUUCGUCUAAUCAACACCUCUACUGGACGCUUGUGCAAUCGAGAUACGCAGAUCAACACAUUCACGGAGAGUACAGAGUACAAAGAACUUCUGCAUUCGUUGGUGAUGCAUGCGCCCCUCCAAAUGGAGGUCAUUAAAGAAGCGGUCAUCAAGCGCUUCAGUUGGGUCAUGUUAUCUCAUAGAAAUUCUGAGUCGCUUGUGACGCGGGGUAUCACUGGGCAACUCCAGCAAUCAGUCAAUUCCAUGUUCGUCUGGUAUCACUACUCAGCGCUCACCAUCGUCUACCUAUCGGAUGUUCCUCCUUUGUCAGAGUCUGGCGCGCUCGCAAGCAGCAUCUGGAACACGCGAGGAUGGACCGUUCAGGAAUUCCUCGCUCCUAAAAUUGUUCUCUUCUACCAAGCAGAUUGGACUCUAUAUCUCAACACACGCUCACGCAACCACAAGGAGUCGGUCAGUAUCAUGGGGGAGUUAGAGCGUUCAACUGGUAUAAAUGCGCGGGCGCUUGUCGACUUCCAUCCAGGGACAAGGGAUGCCCGAGAGAAACUUCGAUGGGCGUCAAACCGUGACACCACGAGGGAGGAAGACAUCGCCUACUCUUUGUUUGGUAUCUUUGAUGUCAACCUUCCUGUUAUAUACGAAGAGAAAAGACAAAAGGCGCUCGGACGACUCUUACAGGAGAUCAUAGCUCAUUCGGGCGACAUCACGUCCCUUGAUUGGGUCGGACAAUCGUCCAGCUUCAACAGUUGUCUUCCAGCUGCAAAUUCCUCAUACAAGGCUCUGUCAUACACGCUACCAUCUCUAUCUGAAUACGAGAUGCAGAUAUCGGUUUCCAUGCUGCGAAACAAUAUUGUGGCUGUGGAGUCGGCUUCAAAACUGUAUACUACUCUUGAGAACCUCAGUGUUCCUCGUUUCGCAAACGCCAGACUGCAAUUGCCUUGCAUCGCAUUUUCUCUCACAGAAGUCAAGCGAAGGGUCGGCACACCUUGCACUUAUCACAUAAAGGCUGACGGGCUCCAAGACCUGGAAAUCACAACGGCGGACACGCUGAUUCAAUUCUGGCCUGGAAGGCCCACCUUGCAGAAAUUCUUGCUCAUUCGUCCAUGGAAUCGUCAUGAUCUCGGGCUGCCCGACUUCACAGACAAGAUGCAGGGCGCGGACGAUCGGCCUGAGCCUGGGUCUCCGUCAGAUGAUCCGCUCGACUUAUCUCCCUCAGACAACGAACCGGCUGGUUCGCAGUCUCUUGUGCGAGAGUCAAGCUUGCUCGCUCGCCUCGGACAGCGUUUGGGCGCAUUUUGGCUAGGGAAGCAGGAUUCGCGGUCUCACACGCGAGAGUUGAGGUUGGUUGUUCGCCUUAGACAGCCUUUUAGCGCACUUUUACUAGCGCAGCAGCGGGGUGGAGAGUAUAAGAGAAUCGCUUCGGAUAAUGAGAUCAUCGCCCAAGUUAGAGAUAUCGCCUCUGCUGUUGAUAUGAUGGACAUUAGGACAGUGGAGAUUUUGUAAAUGCGAAGAACGGGAAUCUCUGAUGCAUUUUCGUUUAUACCUUGACAGCACCUGCAUACAAAAAUACCCGUAGAACUUUGCAUCAUGUAGUAAUAAUGAAUAGUAUCGUAUCUGGCCAUACAAAGACUCCCCUUUGGUCGGCUGUAAG